AUGGCAUCUCUCACUUCUCUGUACCGCUGCCAACCUCUCCUGCGUCGAAUAACUUCGCGUAGGCUCACCAAUUUUUACGUUCCUGCUGUGAGGUACAUCAACACUGAAACCGCGCCGCUGCUUUAUUCCGCCCACGCAAAAGUCGUCGGUGCUCGCAAAGGUCAUGUUGAAGCGGAGAAUCUCGUUGUGGACUUGACAAUGUCCAAAGCCCUCGGGGGGCCCGGGGACAAGGGAAAAACCAAUCCGGAGGAGUUGUUCGCGGCUGGCUACGGCGCGUGCUUCCAGUCAGCCAUGAAUGCUUGCGCUGCCAAGAUGGGCAUCACGAUGCCGACGGAGAAGGAGCACAGCGUCAUUGAUACGACCGUGGAGCUUGUUGGCGACAUGAAGGGGCUAGACAUGGGGCUACGCGUUCACAUGAAGAUCCAGGUGAAGGGUUUGGAAAAGGCGGAGCUGGAAAAGGUGGUCGAGGAAGCCAAGAAAGUCUGUCCUUACUCUAGAGCGACAAAAGGAAACGUGGCAACCCGAGUUGAGGUGGUGAAUUUCUAG